ACGGCUCGCGCAGCACCGUUAGGAAAAUCAUUCUCCCCAUGUCGAUCAAAUUUUGUUACUCGCGGUCUCGCCACCCGCGCAACCUCCUACACGCUCAACACCGGUGCGAAGAUCCCCGCAUUGGGAUUUGGCACAUUCCAAGACCCAGAUUCCCAGGAAGAGACUGUUAGCCUAGCGCUGCGAAAGGGCAUGCGCCUGAUUGAUACUGCUCGUGUCUACAACGUUGAAGAGCAGGUGGGAAAGGGAAUCAAGAAGAGCGGUAUUCCCCGCGAAGAUAUUUUCGUCGGUACUAAGUUGUGGUGCAACGACUACCAUCCUGAAGACGUGGAGCGUGCCGUGGAUGACUCACUCCGUGACCUGGAUACCCCUUACGUGGACCUCUUGUUGAUGCACUAUCCCUGUACCUUCAAGCGUGGGGCCGAUCGAUUCCCUCGGGACGCCGAAGGCCGGAUGAUCCGAGGCGAGACCACCUUUGUGGAUACGUGGAAAGCGAUGGAAGAUGUAACCAAGACUGGAAAGGUCAAAGCAAUUGGUGUCUCAAACUUCAGUAAGGGUGAGAUUGAGACGUUGCUCGAGAAGACUGGCACCGUCCCUGCAGUCCACCAGAUGGAGGUCCAUCCAUAUCUGCAGCAGAAAGAAUUCAACAAGUGGCUGAAGGAACAGGGAAUUCACGUCGUCCAGUUCAGCCCGCUGGGUAACAUGAACGAUUUCUACAGACAGACCGGCUGGUCUAAGGAGAUUGCACACAUGAAGCGGGUAAUCGAUCAGCCAAUCAUGAAAGAAAUUGCUGAGAAGUAUGGCAAGAGUACAGCUCAGGUGGUACUUGCAUGGGGUAUCAAUAGCGGGCGCUCCGUCAUCCCGAAAAGCGUUGUGGAUUGGCAAGUGGAGCAGAACCUGGAGUCCGACUUCGAGCUGCAGCCUGAGGAUAUGGCACAAAUUUCGAUUUUGGAUGCGAAGGCUCGCUUCAAUGAUCCUAGCUUGGACUAUGAGUGGCGCCUAUAUAGCGACUUGGAAGGCAUUGACGGCACUGUGAAGGGACGCACUCACUAG